AUGGGCAUACCCUACUCCCGCCAAAUAAACGCCGCCUUCGAACAAGUCACCCCGCUCGUCGCCGCCGGCUUCACCGUGCUGCGCACAACACGCGACAUAUCCAUUUUGCUUGCAAUAAUCCAGGUGUUGACUGUUGUGUUACUGGCGCUGAUACUAGGGGUCUUGGUUUUGAUUGUUUACUGUGUGAAUCCGGAUUUGGAGGAAGAACGACAACGCAUCAUAACGCCCUGGCUGCGCUACGCAGCGCGGAUAAGUAUCUGGGGCGUUAUUAAAUUUGUCGUCGGGCUCGCGGUGAUAUGUAGUGCAGCGAGCGCGGCGGUGUGGAAGGGUAUCGUGGCUAAGCAGUGGGUGGAGGAUGUGGAGUAUGAAGGGAAUGUGCGGGCGGAGAUGGCGUUGGAGGAGUUGGAUGAG